GUACGAAGCAAGUCUAGCAAGGUGCAGUGAGGAAGUGUGGUGUCACAUGCAGCUCUGCAGGAAAUGAGAUUGAAGCUGGUGGGGAAGUUCAGAACUGGGUGACCUCCAAGGGCUUCAAAGAGCACAGGAAUGUGCAGCCUGGGAAAUUAUGCUGCCAUCUAAUUAACUUCAUCGGAUGUAUUCUGGACUGAAUUUACCAGGUCUCCUAUUCUGUGCAAGCAUCUCUCCUGCUGGUGACAAGGAUUAUGGAAUGUCCUAGGAACGGCAGUAAUGAUGAGAGACGGACCAAGUAGAGUCCCUGAGGAAUGACUGGAGGAGAUAUGAUUGCUUAGCCUGAAGAAAAGAAGAUCAAAGAGCAUGUUUCUUAGCAAGACCAGACAGAGCUCAGCCUUUCACCAUGCCUGUGCCUCCCCCUCCUGCUCCCCCUCCACCGCCAACACUGGCCUUGGCAAAUACUGAAAAGCCAAGUCUAAGCAGGUCAGAACAAGCGGGGCGAAAUGCUCUAUUAUCUGAUAUUACCAAAGGAAAAAAGCUAAAAAAGACUGUUACUAAUGACCGCAGUGCUCCAAUUUUAGACAAACCCAAAGGACCUAGUGGAGGUGGCAGCGGUGGCUUUGGAGGAGGUGGUGGUGGCAGUGGUGGGGGUUUUGGCGGUGGCAGUGGUGGCAGCUUUGGUGGUGGUGGACCACCUGGCCUUGGAGGCCUUUUUCAAGCAGGAAUGCCAAAGCUCAGAUCGGCUGCGAAUCGGGAUGCCGGCCCCGCCAAGCCCUUCUCCCCGCCGCGCCUGCCGAGCCCGCGCGCCCCCGAGCCGCCGCGGAGCCGCGCGCCUCCGCCGCGCCCCGGCCCGCACGCCAGAGCCCCUCCGCCGUUCCCGGGCGGCCGCGGCGGGGAGCCCCGGCAGCCCAGCCCCUUCUCGGGGAGGCCCCCGCCGCCGCCCGCCCCGGGCCGCCCGGCCGAUGAGAAGCCGCCGCCGCCGCCGCCCCUGGGGCUCCGCCCGCCCGCCCGGGAGGCGGCGCUGCCCCCGCCGCCGCCGCAGAGCGCCAAGCCGCCCGUGCCCGCCGCGCCCCGGCCCGGCCCCGCCGCGCCGCCGCUGCCCCCGGGCCGCCCCGGGCCGCCCCCUAACGACGAGACGCCGCGGCUGCCGCAGAGGAACGCGUCGCUGGGCUCCUGCGCCGCCCGGCCCGGCCCCCUGCCGCCCCCGCCCGGAGAGAGGCCCCCGCCGCCCGUCAGGGACCCGCCCGGCCGCGCAGGUCCCCUCCCACCACCUCCUCCCAUAAGCAGGAAUGGAAGCACUUCAAGGGCUUUGCCUGCUACUCCCCAGCUGCCCUCCCGGGCAGGGCUGGACAACCAGAGAGGUGGACCACGGCCACCACUUCCCCCUGACCGGCCGGGCUUGGCAGCACCACCACCACCACCACCACCUUCAUCGGCUGUCAGGAAUGGCUUCCAGGAUCCAGGUGAUGAUGAAUGGGAAGGCAGAUUUUCUUUUCAUCCUAUAUCUGAUUUGCCACCUCCAGAGCCAUAUGUACCCAUGAACAGAAGUUAUCCCAGUAAACUAGCAAGAAAUGAAAGUAGAGGUGGCUCUGGCCGAAAAGAAAGAGGUGCCCCUCCACUUCCACCUAUACCAAGGUGAAAUGGGUUCUGGCCCGUCUUUGGGCGACGUCUGUUUUCAAGUUUCUCUCAAGUCAGCUCUCCUGUCCACAUCAUUGGAAAGUUGUCUGUUGCUUUAUUUCCACUUUUGGCUUGUCAGCUGGAACAAACUUAAGUUUCUAUUACAGAAGUAAUAGAAGCAGUUUAUGAACUAUGAUUGCUCAAAGCUAUAAAUUUUAUGUGCUUAUACUACAGGCUGUCUUGAAAGGCAUUUUGUGGACCAUACCAACAUACGUGCAUCAUGCUUACCAUGUCCAGCCCUGUGCCCAUGAGAGCUCCAUGGAAGGUCUGGCUUUGAAUUUAAUGAGACUGGAACAAAGCUGUUUCGUUCACUUUAGGUACAGUGGCUGGAUUAUUUGAAUGAUAAAGUACAAUCUAUUUUCUGUUUAAAUAACAGUUGCUGGGGAAAAACAUGUAGCCAAGAGUCCCCUGGAUCCUUCUGUGCUUGCCUAGCUUGGCCCAUCUGCUUCUGCAAGCCAUAGACCUACUACAUGGCGACCAAGAGUUCAUCCUAAACCUUUUCACUUCUGCUUAGCCAAGCGAAUGUUAUUUUAAACAACAGAUAGCACAUCCUGCUUGGAGGAUGGAGUGUGUCUGGCCUUGUUUUUACCUGCAGAGAAUCUUCCAAGGAAAAGUAUAAGUGAAGAAUUCAGCAGCAUAAAAAUAUCUUUUUUUUGUAAUCCUCCUUUCUUUUUUUUUUUAAUAGCGUUAUGCUUUCAGCCACCUAAGUCUUUUCUACUCUGAUGCGGACCACCCCCAGUUAUCCAUAUGCUGGGUUAUUGUAAUGCCCUCUACCUGAGAUAUGUGAAGAGUCCUCAGGAAGUAGUCUUGGUGCAAAUGCAGUAAUUAUUGUAGUCGUAGUCUCAUUCUGUAAAGCAUCGCUAACACCAAUGCUCCACGGACUGCUUUCCAGUUGUUUCUUUGGUACAAUUAAAUGAUGCCUUUUGCCUUAAAAAGCUCCCUGGGGCUUAGGUCACAGGAGAGAUUUGUAUUGCAGUAGAGCAGCUGAUGUAAAAAAUGUGUGUGACAGCCCUUUGAUAUAAUGAAGGAGGCCUGGGGUUUGUGCAUUCAAGUGGGAGCAUCAGCUCCAAAAUUUGCUGUCUGCACUGGUUCAAGGGAAAUGGGAAGAUUUGGCCUUCUGAGUUUACCAUGAGCCUGUCCUUUCAACCUUUGCAGAAGGAGUCUCCACAGAGAGCUGCAAAGUCUUGUAUAUGAGAAAAGACUUCAUGGCACGAGUGCAUUUUACAAAUGGAUCUAAAGGCACGUAAAAAGUCUUUGGAAAUUAGAGGAAGGUUAUAUAUAAUUCUGGAUUUGAAAUAUUGCUGAAUGUUAGCUCUUUGUUAAUUGGAAUUCUGAAGGUUAGCCUUGAAAAAUUUCUCCUACAUCUCCUCAACAGUUUCUGUUUUUUCAGCAUUCUCCUUGUGAUCCUUACCAAGCCUGGAUCAGCAGCCGUGCUUCACAGGGCGCUGCUCAACAUAAAAAAAAAAAGGUAUAAGGACAUGUAGGUUAAGGAAAUGUUUCUCUAGGAUGGGAGACGUGAUCCUAAGUAUGAUCUGUAGCUAGAAUGAGGUCAGUCCUUGAAACUCAAGGUAAUUUAGCCAAAGAGAGUCUGGACCCCACUGAAGUGUUUGUGUGUAGGGCUUCGUGUUCCAUCAGUUGGUGUAGAGGGGCAGAUCCUCUUUCCACCUAACAGCCUGGGCAGUCACAGUGAAGGGGAUGAGACAGAGUUGGAUUGGGCCAGAUCAAAGUAAUUUGGCCUUUUCAGUGUUUGUUUACGAAAUCUUGUUAGCUGUGACAGCAUUCGAUUAUGUGUCUUUUUUACAUUUUUAUAUCUAAUGAUCUAUUUUAAGUUACUGUUUAUGGUCUUGAACCUGCAAUUAAAUGCGCAGGCGCAGUGAUGUAUCUACAUCUAAUUGCAGGAUCGUGGCUGUAAGAGUUUCUUAAACGGAUAUUAGUGAGACCUCUAUGUGACAGGUGCACCUUGGGAUCAAAAUACUGAAUUUGUGUAUGUAUUUUAUGGAUGUCACUUAAACAUAUGCACUGUACAAAGUGCCUGUGUCUUUGGGAUAUUAUUAUGUGAAUAGAAGUCCAAAUAAGAUUUUUAGGAUAAUAACUUAAAGGAUAAAUUAUUGUAUUCAUGUUAUUAAACUGAAGCACUUAUAACUUUCUAAGAAACAACAUUUUGAAUUUACGAAUACAAUAUUUUCUGUACCUUGACCUGCCAAAUCCUUAUUAAUAUACAAACAGCUAUGCAGCAAAAAAAAACCAAACCAAACCUUCAGAAACUGUACCAUUUUUGUAACUUACCUGCUUCCAGCACAAAGGUGAGUAUAUCAGUGAAAAUGCUGCACAUUGUUCUGAUACUCUCUGUAUCAUUCAGAAUAUCAUACUUGAUCUUUUCAGCAAGGUAUUCUGACCAGAAAUUCUGGACCACUACCAAAGACUUGGCAAACCAGCUUCAAUCUCACUUUAAAAUGUGCUAUGUAAAAGAGCUUCAGUCAACAAGCCAAGAAAGCUGAGCUGCUUGGGUUUUAGCAUUUCUUUGUACUAUAGAAAUCUCUUCAGAGUGGAUGUUUGGUAUAUAUGUAAAAUAGCUUAACAAUGCAGAAAGAUGUAUUUUUUCACCUAGCAACAACUUUACUAUUUAUAUCUUUUGCUAUAAACAUCCCUAGAUGUAUUCCAGAACAAUGCAGCAUUUUAUCAUUCAAUAUAUUGCUUCAUAUAUUGGUAGCUAAUUACAGUAUGAUCAGUAUUAAAGUAUUUAUUUCACUAUGAAGUGUUAAAAAAGAAGAAUGCAAAAAAUGUUGGAUAAGUGGUGCCUUAUGACUUUUUUAGUCAACUUUUCUGUGUCUCACUAGAAAAAUUAAUAGGCAUUUCUCUUCCAAGUCCUAAUGUAAACAGUGCUGACAGUAGCAUACUAUGGUGUUUUAGCUAAGUCCUGCUGUUGUAAUGUGCUCAGCUUCAGAUUGAGCUUAGCAUAUGGAGAGAGAUCGUUGGAUCAGUCUUCACGGGAGAUGUAUGUGGGCACUGAUUAACCUUACAAUCAAUUUUUUGUAAGCUUUUCCUAAAACCAGUGUCUCAAGCUGUUGUCCAUAGAGCCCAGCAGACUUCAGUGUGGUUGCACAGGUUAUUAGAAAACUAAUUUUGAUUCACUGCUUGCAUAUAAGAUUUAGUGGGUUUGUUUCAAUGGCAUUGUAUUAUAAACCUUCACACCUCAAAAUUUCUUUUUUAUGUCAUCACCGAGACUCGCGUUGUGUGACAAUGUCCAUAGAUGUUUGGUUUUGUUUGAUUCAAGUCAGUAAAUAAAACGGGAAUAACAUUUGUACCAUGUGAUGAUAAUUUCUGCUCAGUAUUUUUUGAAGAAAUGCACGUAUUAUGUCUAUUAUCACUUUCUGUAACAGCCAUUGGGAGAAGAGGUGACAGUGAUUAACAUUCGGAAUCGUUAAAAGAAACAGAUGGUGUUUCAAGAAGUAUGCAUUUCCAUAAAUGAACUGCUUAAAUAAGGUCAUAAAGUUCUUGUUUAGAAGCUAACAUUUCCCAACACUAAAAGAAUCAUAAGAACAGGGGGUUUUUUCUGCAAGGCAACUAUUAAAGAGGUUCCUUAAAUUGUCACUUAAAAAGCUGGAGGGUAGUUUCUCCUUGCAGCAGCAACUGUUUACAUGUCCCUUAUAGAAGUAGGUCCUGUUGGAGCAUAGGGUGAGGGAACUAAACUGUUGUCAUGCUUCACAUAUGUUAUAAAAAACAUUUUUCAUGCAAAAGUAUGCAAACAGUAAAGGUACUUUUUGUUUUGGAAGCAAAGAAUGGAGCUGAAUGAUCAAACUGGGAUUAUUUCAAACAGAAUGUCAAAUGUCAAGAGACCUAGAGAGGGCCUCUCAGCCACAGGACCCUGGAAAGGAGAAGAUUGCUCAAGGAGAUACAAACCACUUGACUGAAUGUUGCUGUCGAUACUAGAGUAGAAAUCAUGAUAUCAAAUGUGCGUGCACAUAAUACUACAUGGCAAUAGUGUGAACACCAUUGUCUCACAGUCAGAUGCAAGCAACCUGUUAUGGCGGUACAUUGACUCUGUAUAAUAUAUUGUAUGAACUGCAGUCUUUCAAACUGUAUUGACCAGAAGAUAAGGGGACUCUCUUAUCCAAGAUAUCUGGUAACACAUCAAGUGUAGCUAGUUCAUGGACAUUAGGAGAGAACGGGGGUCUUGCAGCCUGUAAGGUGGAAGCACGUGGACCAUUCAGUUCAAAGGUAAACCUGGAGCACUGGCAGAAACGGAAGUGUUGGAGUUACUGAGCAGAAGCAGGGUACACGUGUGCGAUCUCAGUGAGUAGGCAGCAGGUAUGUAGGCAGACAAAAAAAAUGGAUACUGCAUGUCUUAAAAAAGGGAGUAACCCUUCUGUAUGUUGCUAUACAAAAUACAGUUUGUCUGUAAUACAUGUUCUUUAGUGUAAACUAAUGCAUACCUCUAAAUUUGGACUUCCAAAGUCAGACAAGUUUAUGAAAGGAGGAAAAACAUAAAGCACACACUGAGCAGAAAGCAACGUGUUUUUAUCAGAUGCCUAAAGUCUGAGCUUUUUAUAAAAUAUUAAUCUAGUUUUGUGAAUAUUUUUCUGCUUAACAUUUAUUUUGUAUGUGAUUUUCUUAUUUUUCUGUCCUAUGCCAAAUAAAUUUUACUUCUAUUUAA